AUGAGAUGCUCUUGUUCAUCUCGACCAAGCAAUAACGAUAAAGAAAGAAGUUUAUGGUUAUGGAGGCCUCGGCAUCCAUUUGCAACAACAGACCCUUCAUCUUCUCUUCCUCUCGUGCCAUAACACAAAAAUCUUGCACUCUCUCAUCACCUAUGCUUGUCAAAUCCAUGGCCACUCCCAAGCCUCUUCCCUCGGUCUCUAGAACUGUAGGCUCUAGAAAGAACUCAACUGUGUUCCCACUUGGGGAACAACCUAGGAGCAGUCCCGCCACAGCCACGCCUCCCAUAAAACUUCUGACAAGGAUGGAGCAGCUGAAGCUGCUGAGCAAAGCAGAGAAAGCAGGGUUGCUAUCUGCAGCAGAGAAGUUUGGGUUCUCCCUCUCAACAAUAGAGAGGCUUGGACUCCUCUCAAAAGCAGAAGAGUUGGGUGUGCUAUCUGCUGCCACUGAUCCUGGAACUCCAGGGACACUCUUAACCCUCAGCUUAGGGUUGUUGAUCCUUGGACCGUUGUUUGUUUACUUGGUUCCUGAGGACAACCUUGGAGAGGUGGGGUUGCAGGUUGUGGUUGCCUUGGCCGGUGUAAUUGGGGGUUCUGCUGGUUUUGCUGCAUCAAAUUUUGUAUCCAACUUGCAGAAAUUGAAAUAAAUUUGAUGACCCUUUUGAUGUCUCUUUAGGUCUCUUGGACCUGAAAGUACUUUUCUUUGCUAUCUCA